AUGGAGGCGUAUAUUACCCUGCCUAAAGGAAAAUAUUUGGUUGACAUUAGGUAUGCGCCAAAGGGAAAUUGUGGAAGUGUCUCCAUAGCGUACCCAAAGAUGCAGUUGCACAACCAGUUAAUUAGUUCGGAAGAGUCCGGUAUGAGACCAAAGUGCAUAUCUUUUCCUACUUUUUGUGGACUUAUACAAUGCCAAGUCCCAACAGUAGUCUGCGCGGAUCCCGUCCCCGAAAUGUGUGGCUGCACAUGCAGCGAUGGCGCAACGUUCAGCCACGAGCGACCUUCGCACCUGGGACCCCCGGCACCACCCCCACCCGUCGUCGAGCCAAUCCGCCAGCUCACAGGAAAACCAUGCACGGGAGAAGUCCUCAAGCCCUGGGCGGAAAUCCGAAUCCCUCGUACCCCGAACUCGGGCGCAGAUUCACAGAUAGCAAACGUACCAUUCGAGGCACCAGAAGACGGCGUCCUCGUGGUAUCGGAUGCACAUGGCCGCUGCGAGCACUUUGAGGUAUACGUUGAUGAUAGGUUGGUAGGAGAGACUUCUGGAACUGGGCCUCUGGACUUCUCGGCAUGCGGACUUCCAGACGAAUGUAUGGAGAAAAACGGGGGUCAGCAUGGGUACUUUGCUCUUCCCAAAGGUAAUUACAAGCUUGGUUUCAAGUGGACCAAGGUUACACCUGCAUGUGAUAGAGCUCCGAAUGGAGGGGCGAAUUAUCAAUUCCGCCGUAAAUGUUAG